UAUAAAUAGUAUUCUGACAUACAGUAUGUGUCCGAAUGCUAUUUAUAGACUAUAGCCAGACUAUAUCGCCAGAUACGAUGAGUACAACGUCCGGGUGUUUGGUCUCGUGUUUAUCAAUGAUGUCAUGCAGGAGGCCUAGUGCGUUAGCGACAGCAUUGUGGAGCUGCAUUCCCCCACUUUAAGUUGUGGACCGUCACACAACCCCGUUCACUUCCCCAACAUCAGAGUCAUCCUUCAGGUGGCCUGUACCAUCCCAGUAACAUGGUGUGAAUGUGAGCCAAGUGUCAGUACCUUGAAGCGUGUGAACACCUACAUGAGGGCCAGUAUGACACAACAGCAGCUGACCUCGCUGGCACUUCUCCACAUUCACUACAAAAAGGUUAUCAACCUGGAGGAAGUGGUGGACAUAUUUUCCAAGAAAGAUGAUGCUGAAUGAGCGAUAGGUAAGGCUGAAACACAUUGUAGUGAUUCAUAUAGUGUAGGCCUGUGGAAAUAGCAUCCACCACUGAAGCCAGUAAACUGAUGAACUUAUCUAAAUAUGGUUUUAAUUCAUCCUGAACAUGCAUAUGAGUCAAACAGUAGCACAUCACAUGGUACAAUUCACAAUUUUGCAUGUGCAAAAAGGAGUAGGAAGAAGCAAAGCUUAUUUAAUCCUACCCCUCAUCAGUUUCACAUCAGUUGCAAUACAUUUAUUCACCUCUUGUUCUUCCAAGUGUACUUUGUAGGUCUACAUGACAAUGUAGUGCAAUCAUAGCCAAUGGUUUUACUUACUAAAAGGAAGCUGGAGGCUUAAUAAUAACUGAUAGAAAGAGUGUUUGAUUGAUAAUGAGUGAGUACAGACCAUGUACUCUCCACAAUGAAGAGUUAGUAGUCACUGUAGUAGUGGUUAGAUAUACUGUAGUAUUGUAUGUACACAGUAGUUCAGGUCUUUUCUUCUUUGUAUUUUGUGAACAUCUCCUGCUUGUACUUUUUCUUCAAAUCGCUCAUUGUUGUGCAUUGUUUGAGUUCCUCACUCAAGCUAUAGUAUAUAUUCUCCUAGCUUCACAUAUUGGGCAAGCUUGAUGUUGUAAUUUUGCCCUUAAGCUUGUAAUUUGGAAGAAAUAAUAUUGUUAUGUCUGUCCAAAAUAUGCAUCAGAAAACAGUUUUUUCGGGCUCCAAAUGCAAAAUUUUCACUGCUCACUCUACCAAGUGGCCCUCGCUGGACAAACCUUUGGACACGCCCCAAUGCCGUUGUUCAUGACCUCCGGUCGGGCCGGGAUAGGCCUGCCUGCUUCGCUGAAGGCCACAAGGAGGCGUGGAAAAAGGCAUGAAAAAGCAGCCAACUAUGUCCAGUCGUGUUCAGACCUGACGCAUCUGCUCUCCCUCAACAUCCUGCACGACCCCGUUUGAAGGCGAUGGCGUACUCCACCGGCACGCUGGCGCAAGGCUGCUUUGGGAAGGUGUACCGUGAGAAGUACGAGGACAACUGGGCUGCCGUCAAGAAGGUCCCGCAGCAUCUGAUCAGCAGGAAGGACCUGGAGAGAGAGUGUGACGUGUACAACAAAGCUAAUCACCCAAACAUUGUGAAGCUGCUGGGCAACAUCAAACUCCAAGACAGGAAAUGGAUCAUCCCGCUGGAGUUCAUCUUUGGAGAGGACCUGGAGACCACCAUCUUCAAGGCAUCCAAGUCCAAAAUACAGCUGACUCCUGCUAAUAGAGGCAAAAUCAUCGUGGGCAUGUGCGAGGGUCUGCUGCACCUCCACUCCAAAGACAUCGUCCAUCAAGACCUCAAACCCGAGAACAUCAUGGUGGAACACAACACAAACAGAGCCGUCAUCAUCGACCUGGGCCUGGCCAAGUUCUUCCGCCGUGGCCUCAACUCGGCCAUGGACAUGGGCAACGAGGCCUACUCGGCGCCCGAGGUGCUGCAGAGGCGCAGCCAGCGUGACCAGCGCUCCGACGUGUGGGCCAUGGGCAAGAUCAUCGCCGAGUUAUGCGCUCGCGUCCGCCUGCACACCCCCAGCGUGUGCCCCGCCAAGGUCAGGGAGGUCAUGCGUGACCAGCCCUACUGCCAGGCCGUGUGCCGCAUGGUGGAGAGCAACCCUGCACUCAGGGCCUCCAUGGUGGGCGUCAUAACGGACAUGAGGAGCGCCGCUGGAGGUGUGGCCCACCUCAAUCCACCUUCGCCUCACGUUCACGUGAGGAACCGGUCUCCAUCACCAGCUCAGAGAGGAGCAUCCCCGUUCGACAAAGAUCUCUCACCAGCAAGACGAGGAGCGUCCCCCUUUAAAAGAGAGAACAGGGGCCCCUCCCCGCUGGCGUGGGAGCGCACCCCAAGACCAGAACUUAAAGUCGGCCACCACCGAGCCAGACACUUCCGCUCCCUCUCCCCGCACAGGACAGAGGUCCACAACAAGAACCACCAAGCUCUGGUCCCGACAGGUGUCCACCGGGACCUGACCAAGGACAUGCUGAAGAUGGGCUUGUACCAGGAGGCCGCCCGGGACCUGCCCUGCAACCUGCCCACCACCGGCCGCGUGGUGGUGCGGCGCUUCGAGGAGAAGAACGGCACAGUGGAGACGUGGGAGCAGAAGGAGGUGGUGACGCGCGACGGGAAGAUCAUCAAGUACAAUGACGUCACAUUCAACAGCACAUAGAGGGAACGGGCCAAGUCUGCCCGCAGGCUGUUUUGGCAAAUAUUAGGAUUAUUUUUGCAUGAGCGGCUUCAAAGACUGUUUGAGCGUCUUUGAGACCGGAAGAUGGACUCCAGAAGUCCAAACCUUCAUGUACCACGGUAUCCAGGCUUGAGCCACAGCAAUCUGCGAGGAUAAUGGAAUUUCCUUUUUUAAUGCAAAUGUUGUACUAUUUUUACCCCCUCAAAAAUGAUUUGCUACGCAAGUACUUCCGUUUUUGCUACACCACACCCGCUUACCCUCACGGAAGUCCCAACAUGUGACUUGUUCUCGCAGGUGAUACGAGAUACAUUCAACAAUCUCAACGCAUUUGUACCAUCAUUUCAUACACUCCAUGCAUGCCUUGCUGUAAUUGUACACCAGUGCCUUGGUUAACAUCAUUCAUCCCGUCCAGAAGGUCCGACUCAAACCAAAACAGACUCUAACCAAAGCAAGCUUUCCUACAGAAAAGAAUGUCAAUCCAAUUCAUCCGUUCCAGACAGCCAAAAAUGCGAACACGAAACAUAUUUUAUAGCAGAAAAUGAAGCAAAAAUAACGAUUGGAUAAUAUCGGCUUCCGCCACGAGAUCGGGCCGAUCCGGUUGCUGUAUCACGUUCGUAACUCUGGGCCACACUCCAACACGGUGGGUGCGGUCAUGAGCCUCAAAGCUGGUUGCCACUUGACCAACACCAGCAUGCAGACGUGUCCGAGGUGUACUGUGGUGAUGUUGAUGUCACGUUGGACGUCGGGUAUUGGGCUCCGUAGCUACAGCGGUAGUUCUCUCUCACUGUGCCAGACUCUCACAGUGGUGGAGCUACGUGGUGGCCAGUUGGUGACUGUGGCCAUCCCAUCGGCCAUCUACACAUUUCUGGUAUCAACUUAUUGCCAAGUAUAACAAUGAAACAAAAAUAGCUCAAGAGUUACCUUUUUUGGCAGUACAAUGCUAUAGCUAUUCAUGUAAGAACUUACGUGGUUUUGUUUAUCAUCCAAAAAAGCAUGGAAGUAGCUAAAUAUCAGCUCUUAAAUGAAACUCUUAUGAGCUAUAUUUGUUAUCAUCAUCAUAUCUGUCCACACAAAGCGCCAUAUCACCCACCGUGCGCCGCCUCUUUGGCAGACACGGGUACCGGAGUAGAUGUGUGUGCACCGCCGCCGAUGAUGGAGCCACUCCCGUCACGUUUACAUACCUCUGAAAUGACCACCAUCUUCACUUUAAAGCGUAUAAUUGGGAGGUCUUGUACCCCAUCUCGGUGCGUCGUGUAUCUCUCUACAACUCUGCUACAUUAAACAAACGCUGUUGUCCUGAAAUGGCGCCCCCGGCCCACAGUGUAUUGUGCGAUCACGUGCAAGUAUCGCGAGAUAGAUGGCGGCGGCGUAAACAAACCAGACGCUAUUAAGCGGACGAACGCAAGCCAAGGCAACAUUUCAGCAAAAAUGUUGGAUGUUAACCAAAAAACGCGCUAACCGGGUCGGACGUUAACCAAGGUACCACUGUAUUUUAUAUUGUAUUGUGUUCCUGCAUACCGGUGUUGUAUAUUGUACUGUUCAGCGAAGCCCGCGUUCCUCUAGUGGUACUGCCAAUCCAAUGUAGACAUGCCAAGCUUAGAAUAUAAAUAAAUAUAAAAUGAAUAUAACAUAAUAUAACUAAUCUAGUCAUAUAUAAUGACUAAUAUAACUGACCUCAACACAUCAAUAGGAGUGCAAUUCCAACACCACACACACACAGUAUGUAUCUCCAACUCACAAACAGACACGUGUCUAGUCCUCUUCGGAACCACACUUGUUGUCACUGGACCACAGUGAGAUGCAUUCACUGACACUCCGAAAAUCACAACAAUGUCACUAUUAUGCGCAUACGUGUGGUCUAAAUCAACAGAAGGACAAAGAAAAACAGUAUUCCUACUGCGGAAGUACAAUGUGCUGCAUUCAAGUAUGCUCGGAAGUCCCAGAAAAUACAUCUACGCUCAAAACACGUGACUUCAACUUGGGUCACGUGGUGUCUUUGAACGCAAGCCUUCAUGGCUCAUAAUAACGCAGGUAGGGUGCAAUUGUGCUACUAUUGAAGAGACUAGCGUUGGGCAAUCUCUUAGCUUGAUUUAAACUUUCAGUUCAUACAAAUAUAUAAAAUAAUGAAUGCCAUUCAUCUUUUCGUUCAUAAAAUACAGUGAAAAAACAGUUACAAAUGGUGAUUAAUCAUGAUUAAUUAUUUGAAAACUGUUAUUCCAAUUUUUAAUCAUUUGACAGCCUUAAUUACAAUAAAACAUCAUCUAAAAUUUUAACCAAAAAUGCAAAAAUUGGAAAAAUUGAGCAAAAAUAAUAAAUAAUAAUCACAAUAAAACAUACAAAUAAAAAUAAUACAAAGGGGGAACAGCCAGCCAGACACUCAACGCACACAGAAAAAAAUCACAACAAGCUUUGUCUUGAAUUCACGUAUAAAUGUGUUUUUGUUUUUGUUUUUACCAUUUUUACAAAAUAAAAACAAAAUACAAAUCAAAGAGUACCGCCCCCUUCCAACCCCCUACCCCUGUCACACAUUUUGGAUACCCCCGCUGUAAGCUUUGUCAUUGAGCAAAUGAAAGGGACUCCCUGAAACGUCAUCCUUGCUUGUCCAUGAAGCACAUGUCAAGCCUGUCAAGCUGGCUCUUCACGUUGAUGCAUAUCCACACUUGUUUAAGUACACUUGUUUAACUUGCAUAAUAAACAAUAAAGACAUUCUAUUCUAUUCUAAUGGAGGUUUCUUUGUCGGAAAAACAAAGCUACUCACCCUUUGAAGACGCGCGACUGUGGAGUGGGAAGAGGAAGGCUGUGACGGAGUGGCUCCGUCAUCGGUGGCGAGUGACACACACACAGCACAGCAUAUAUGCAUACACCACUCCGGUUCCCGCAUUAGCGAUGCUGUUCCAGCCUGUCUGACGUUACAUCCACAGCAUUCAUUUCUGGUUUCAACAAAGAAACAAACCCAUUCAAACUUACCAUAGCGUGGUCACGGCAUUAGGAGGCAGGCAGUGAAACAAAAUGUACAAAAAUGUGGACAAAAGUGCAAAAAGUAGUCAGGAAAAAAUAUAUAUAUUUAUAAAACUAUUUCCAGCCACUUCAUACUACCCUCUUGUGGUCCACUGCCACACCAUCCCAACCUGCUUCACUGCCAACUCCCCAACCUUCUCCCACAUCGGCGAGCGUUGAGGUACUGCUUGGCCAAUUUGGCAGCUCCAAGCCCCUCCGUGGGCUCACGC